AUGAAUUUAAUAAUCAAAGGCAAAGAGCUUUAAUUGUAUUUUUCCAAAGAACAACUCAAUAACAUGGUUGCUAAGACUGCAAAUUAAAUAUCAGUUGAUUAUUAAGAAAAGCACCCAAUUUUUAUUGGAGUUUUAAAUGGAGCUUUCAUGUUUAUGGCAGACUUGAUAAGAGCUGUUGAUCCUUAGCUUAAAUUUUAAAUAGAUUUUAUCAAAUUAUCUAGUUAUGAUGGUAUUUCAUAAUUCAUAAGGAUUAGGUAAAUAGUCGACUGGAAUAGUAAAGGCAUUAACUGGAUUGAAAAAUGACAUCAAAGGUCGUCAUGUUAUAAUAAUCGAAGAUAUAAUUGAGACGGGAUUGACUAUAACAGCAGUCAUUGAAGAAAUGAAGAAACUAGAACCAGCAAGCAUUAAAUUAUGUGCUUGUUUUCUUAAGACUGGUAAAAUAUAAAUAGAUAAUAAGGAAAAUAAAAAAUAAAUAUCCAACCAGACUACCUAUGCACAGAAGUAGAGGAUAAAUUUAUCAUUGGUUAUGGAUUGGAUUGGGAUGAAUACGGAAGAGGAUUGGAUCAAUUAUAUUAUAUAUAGUGA